GCAAGAAAAUAAUACUUAAAUAUGGCAACACAGCAAUAAACGUCGUUCUGUCAAACGUCCAAAAUCGGACACCCUUUCAAAAAGAAGAAGAGAAAGUUCGCGUACGUGUUCCCAAAAACACACACGUGUCCGCAUCUUUUAAUUUUUAAUUAAAGAAAAAAUAUAUAAAAACCCCCCAAAAAAAAAUCAAAAAAACUCAAAAAUUCAAGUCAAAAAAAUCGUAAAAACAAAUAGUGAAAAUACCCCAUCACGUGCAAGACGAAGCAAAUUUGUUGAUUAAAAAAAUAAUUUGUAAGUAGUAGCAAGUAUGAAUCAGUUGGUCCCCACUUACCCCAUGGCGUCUCUGUACGUCGGAGAUUUGCACCACGACGUCACCGAGGCGAUGCUCUUCGAAAAGUUCUCGACAGCUGGCCCCAUUUUGUCCAUCCGCGUGUGUCGUGAUUUGAUCACUCGCAGAUCCCUGGGCUACGCCUACAUCAAUUUCCAACAGCCCGCUGACGCUGAAAGAGCCCUAGACACCAUGAACUUCGAUUUGAUGAAGGGCAGGCCCAUCCGUAUCAUGUGGUCGCAACGUGACCCUUCGUUGAGAAAAUCCGGAGUUGGCAACGUCUUUAUCAAAAACCUUGACCAUUCCAUUGAUAACAAAGCCAUGUACGAUACUUUUUCCGCUUUUGGCAACAUUCUGAGUUGUAAAGUGGCUCAGACUGAGAACGGCUCCAGCAAAGGAUAUGGAUUUGUGCAUUUCGAAACUGAAGAAGCUGCCAAAAAAUCCAUCGAAAAAGUCAAUGGAAUGUUGCUCAACGGCAAGAAAGUCUACGUUGGCCCCUUCAUGUCCAGCAAGGAAAGAGAAAAGGAACUUGGAGACAAAGUCAAACUCUUCACCAACGUUUACGUCAAAAACUUCGGCCUGGACCUAACUGAAGAACAAUUCCUAAACAUGUUCACUCAAUACGGACAAAUAACCAGCUACAAAAUUAUCAACAAAGAAAGCGAAAAAACAAUAAGCAGAUUUGGCUUUGUUUCCUUUGAAACCGCGGAAGCAGCUGAAGCGGCAGUCAAAGCCUUAAAUGGCAAAGAAUUAAUUGAAGGCAAACCCCUAUAUGUGGGCCGCGCCCAAAAAAAAGCUGAACGCCAACAAGAGCUUAAACGCCACUUUGAGGCCUUGAAAAUCGAAAGACUCAGCCGCUACCAAGGAAUCAACUUGUACAUUAAAAAUCUGGAUGACACUAUCGAUGAUGAACGUUUGCGCAAAGAAUUCAGCCAAUUUGGCACAAUCACUUCAGUCAAAGUAAUGAUGGACGAAGGACGCACCAAAGGAUUCGGUUUUGUUUGCUUCUCCUCACCUGAAGAAGCCACUAAAGCAGUCACCGAAAUGAAUGGCCGCAUUGUAGGCUCCAAGCCUCUAUACGUAGCUUUAGCCCAGCGCAGAGAAGAAAGAAAAGCCCAUUUAACUUCUCAAUACAUGCAACGCAUGACCAACAUGCGCAUCCAACAAAUGGGCCAAUUUGUCCCUGGAGGCUUCAUCCAACCAACCAUCCAAGCCCCCCAACAAAGAUUCUACACCAACCCUCAAAUGUCCAUUAGAACUAGAUGGCCCAAUCAAGCUCCAGUUCGGGCGGCUCCUCCAACUCAAAGCCCUUACCCAUUCAUGGCAAACACCUACAGACCGAUUGCCCAAGUACCCAAUCAAAACAUGGCCAUCAGAAGUGGCAACGCGCACGUUCCCAGACCAAUCACGGGCAGGCAAAGUCCCCAAGAACAACAAACCUUUGCCCAACAAAGAAACAAAUCGGCACCAUUCAAGUACGCUGCAAACGUACGCAAUCAGCAACCUCAAGCCAUGCCAGCUGCUCUCCCAGCCGCCGUGCGCAUUCAAGGCAUGGAACCGCUCACCGCCUCUAUGCUGGCCUCGGCUCCGCUGCACGAACAAAAGCAGAUGCUGGGCGAGCGUCUUUUCCCGCUCAUUCAAAGCAUGUAUCCGGAUUUGGCCAGCAAAAUUACUGGGAUGUUGUUGGAAAUUGACAAUGCGGAAUUGUUGCACAUGCUUGAACACGGUGAAUCGUUGAAGAGUAAAGUGGAAGAAGCUGUGGCGGUGUUGCAAGCUCACCAAGCCGCAGUCAAGAAGUAAAAUAUUUAAAAAUGAAAAAAAAAAUUGGAAAAUUAUUAAACAAACAAAAAAAAUUAUUAUUAGGGUUGAAACGUUGAUUAUAAUUUUUAAUUGUUUGUGUAAACUACCUAAAUAACUAAAAAAAAUUUAUUUCAAUAUUAAUCGUUCAUUAUUAAAAAUAGUACCUAUUUCUUUUCUAUUGUUAAAAUCAUUUUCUAUUUUUUUUUUUUUGGAAAAGGAGAAUAAUUUUUGAUUCAAAAGGAUGUUGAUUAAAGGAAUUUCAAAUUAAAUUGUUUUGUAAUAA